AUGCAGAGUCUGUUAAUGCGGUUGUUUGCACAUGACAACCCUGUCGUAAAACGUCUUUUUAUUUCAAACUUUAUGGAAACCUGCGUUGGAGCUUGGCAGGUCUGGGAAGGACAGAUGAGUGUUUGUAAGAAUGUUGAUCGCGACACUUCCUUCGCAUGUACCUCUGCUUUCCAACGCUUUGUGCUCGACUACUUGCUGCGUGCCUGCAAUGACCCGGUUCUUUUUAAACACGCGCAUCGCACUCGUUUCCAGACUCUGGUGGCUGACUUUUUGGUAUCCUUUCUUGUUUUCCAACUUGCAGAGUAUGACCAGGUGCACGUGCUGGAUGAGUUUGUUGCUGCGGUGAAUGAAGCGAUUUUUGGCGAAGCAUCUAACAGCCAUUCACCGGAUGCUUUAUUGAGCAUGCUGCAAGUAUUCCAAUUCCCGCGUUUGAAAUGUGCUGCCUCCUCCGCGCCACCAAAGAUGCUGCUUAGUGAGGCAGCAGUUGACCAGCUGCGGUUUUUGGUCGAUGUUCAUGCAAUGCAAUCGUUUUCGCAAGCGACGCGAACUAAGAUGCUUCGUGCCCUGAGUCACGCUCUUGCCGGAGGCUUUAUUAGUGCGUCGACACUUUCGCUGUCAGCACUAGCACGUGUCCAUUGUGUCUUUCCUGUUUAUAGUUUGAUAGCUGACGAUGGCGAGAUAAUGUUGCAGCUUCUGGCGUGGAUGAAAGCUCCCACUGCCAUUGGCAAAUCGUCUAGCGCUUUGACAGCUCUGACAUCUGCACUUCAAGCAUACUUAAAUUGUGAAGCGAAAGGAAACUCAGAAGGAGCUUUGCUCAGUCCACCUCAACUGUCGAGGCUGCUGCUUUUUACAGCAGAAGUCACACGCGAUUCGAAUGCUCAACCUACCGACAAACAUCUUGGACAUCAGAGCAAUGUGAAAGUCGUUAUCCGUACCCCACUGAGUGCAUUGCUGCCCACAAGUCUAGAUUUUGAAUUGCACAGUACUCUACUUGUGCUUUUUGUUGCCAAGUUUGAAGAGCAAAUCCAGGAACUUUUGGAUAGUUGCGCCUCACUCUCAUCGCAAAGUUUCACAUUUGUAUUCCAAUGCAAAGACUUCUAUUCCGGAAAAGUUAAUUGCUCAUAUCUUUUUCGCUCAGCCAUGAAAGUAGUCCGGCUUUGGUUGGAUAAGGUACCAUCACCAACGGACAUUGAUGUACUGGAAUGUGGAGAUCACGAAAGAGAAGACGCUAUGAAACUCGUGGAGUCCGCUGCGUUUCUUUUAUCUCGAAUGAGUACACACAAAAUGAACACUACAGGCGAGUUGAACGAAAUGUCUGCGUUGAAUGCUGUCUGUGAAGAGUUGAAACGAAUUGUGGCAGCGACUGCAAAUCACAGCUUAUAUGACUUGGCGUUAGCUACAAAGUGUUUGUCCAUCAUAGGGUCAAAUGCUACUGCUGUAGACUCUCUUCCUGCAUUUGAAAACGAACGCAUUCUCCCGCUUCUACUUGCUCUUGACACGAGUCGGCGGUACAGUGGGAAGCUUGAUGCAAAAUGUGCUAUUGGCUUGGCUACCAACAAGUGGGUUCUGCACUGCAACGUCAUGAGAUCAUCGUCGUUUAUUGACACAAAACUUUUGAAAACUACCUACGAUGCAUGUGUUGAGGCACUUCCUACGGCGGGGAUGGACCCUCUAGCUUUGAGUCAAAUGGUGAACGUAUUGUCGCUUACACUUUCACAAUUGGCCAGUCCGCUGGCAAACUGCCCAAAUGUCAUCGAGCAACUUGAUGGUUUGUUUGAGGGCAUCUGGAUGGCUUAUACCGACAGCAAAGCUAAACCUGAUUCGCUUACCCGAGCUGUUAUCACCUGCGUAUUUCAGCCGGCUUUUCUCCUACGUCACGAGCUUAAGGGAACAAUGAAGCACUGGAUUGCAAAGUUUAUUCACUUCGGCUCUCGACAUAGGCCUAAUGUGAUUUUCCACCUGGCUUGUCGCUUGUGCCAGACAUGGCGCGCACAGCCAGCAUCAGCUUUGUCUUUUGCCGAUGAACUUGUCGAACUACUGCUUUACAAAGAACCAGUGAUCGACGAAAAAGAGCAGCUAUCACCGGACACUUGCACUCCGUUUCAGUGGUUCCAAGGAUCUAUACCAAUUAGCUACAGCAACGCCAAGACAGCGGCAAUCGAAAGCCAUGCUAAGGACCGAUUCGUGCGGCUGGUGGUGCUAAACUUUCUGGCUGAUGUAGUUGUUGACGGUAGCGCUUUUACUACAGACACCCAGAACCUCAUGGAUGCGUUGUUCUUUCGACUCAUUGAGCUUAACGUGACGCCAGAAUGGCAGAAGCAGCAUAUGCUGAACAGCAAUGGGUUUGGUAAGAAGUUGCGAUCAUGGCAAGCGCUCUGUAUUGUCAGCGCGCAUGUUACGAAAUCGCAGUUGACUACGCUACUUCCCAAGCUUAAAGCUGCGUUUGCAGUGCCUCAACUACCCAGCGUUCGGUACUACAUGGAGCUUUUUGGAAUGCGAAUGGCGAUAAAGUAUUCACGUGAGAUCUGCUCGGGCCUUUUACUUCCGAUGCUAUGUGAUUCUAAUUUGAUGCCACAAGUGGGUGCUUCCGUGCUGAUUGUCUCUGCUUAUCUCGUUCGCCACAAGCUAGACGACAUCGAUCUUGAUGUUGAUUAUGGAGAGCUGCUAGAAACGAUGUUGCCGUGGCUAAACUCAUCACACGGGCACACGCGUGUUUUGACCCAAUAUUUGCUGGCCAAGGUUCUUCCUCGCCAUAUUCACCAGCUUCAGUACAGCUCUGGUAAUACGCCAGGCCUUCGCUUUCUGGAAGGCACCGUACGUUAUCUGAGUAACAAUAAGGAGUGCAAACGGAUGAUGCGUCGGCAAGCGCGCCAACUGGAGGACUUUCGUCCUGACUACGAGAGCUCAUUACUUGGGAUGCUCUGCUCGGGAUUUAUUAACGAGUUUGGAGAGCUCUUGCCGCGCGACGAGCCCCUCCGUUUCAGUGAGCAGCUUAAAACUGCAAUGAACGAACUCUACGCCCAGUAUCAAAUUGAAAAUUUUGCUCCAGCUCCAUCACAAAGUAACACUUCUACCUCUGAGACCGGAACUGCAAGGGGAGCUCACACUGUGCAACGUAAAAUUGAUACGAUGACAAUGCUGCUUCAGGACAGUGCCCUGCCUACUGCAAUGCGAGCUAAUUUUGAUGCGGCGCAGCGGGGUGGCACACUUAACGCUCGCCAACGCCUGCGGCAGCCCAUCUUCAUGUGUGCAAGCUUGGUUGACAAAAUUCCAAACCUCGCAGGACUUGCAAGAACAUGCGAGAUUUUUAAUGCUCAGAAACUGAUCGUGCCCAACCUGCGAGCGACGGAGCAGGACGUUACGUUUGCGACCGUCAGUGCCACGGCUCAUAAGUGGAUGCCACUGGAAGAAGUUCGACCGCAAGGUGAUGAUCUGCGUGAGGCGCUGCUACGCUGGAAGAGUGAAGGCUACACCAUCGUGGCAGUCGAGCAAACAGGUUCCAGUGUUAGUCUUGCAAAAUACAUGCUACCACGCAAGAUGGUGCUUGUCUUAGGUCGAGAGAAGGAAGGAAUUUCCGUGGACAUACUGCAACUCGUUGACGUGUGCGUUGAAAUUCCGCAGUUUGGGUUGGUGCGCUCACUUAAUGUGCAUGUAAGUGGUGCGCUGGUGUUGUGGGAGUACACGCAGCAGCAACUCAAGUCUGGAGCUCUUGAGUCAACGCUGUAA